AUGUCAGACGCUCUGCCUAAACUUGCCCUCAAAGGCUCGUCCAAAAUCGUAGCAGACUACUUUGAGUUUGCAAUCCACAAUAUCCUUUUUCAGAGGGGCAUCUAUCCUGCUGAGGACUUUAUUACGGUCAGAAAAUAUGACUUACCAAUGCUUGUGAGUAAUGACGAUGAAGUGAAGGACUACGUAAAGAAAAUCAUGGACCAGGUGAAGAAAUGGAUUUACGGAGGAAAGCUCACCAAACUUGUGGUAGUGAUUCUCAAUAGGGCCACGGCAGAAAGCGUGGAAAGAUGGGAAUUUGCAUUGGAUAUUAACGAUUCGUCAAGCUCGAGCGAGAAAAGCAAGUUAGAGAUCCAGAAAGAGAUCCAGACUAUUAUACGGCAGAUCACUGCUUCAGGUUCGUACUUGCCCUUUCUAAAAGAUGACGAGUACAUAUUCAAUGUGCUUGUCUUCACAGACCCAACAUACGACACGCGUAACAUUCCUGUUGAAUGGGCAGACACCAAUGGGGAUGCUAAAAUGAUCGAUGGUGAGAGUGAUUCAGUCAAUUUCAUGUCUUUUAAAACAAAUCUACACUCGGUUGGUACUAGUGUCAGCUACAAAUUGGGGUAG